CAACGACUUCAGUCGGCUGGAAACUUUUGGAGUAAGUGGUCGAGUUAACCAGAAUUAUGUUGGCCACCAGAGGACCUCUGGUGCUUGGAUUAGUGCUGCUAUCAGCGAUUGGUGGGAAUUUUGAAUCGAUCCCCUGCAAACUGAGGGAGGCGGAACAUGGAAAGGUGUGUGUUUGCACGGCGGAUUACUGCGAUUACCUGGAGAAUCCCACGAUAGCCGAGGAUUCCGAUUUCGCUUUGAUUUCCAGCUCCAAGCAAGGACUUCGGUUUGCCACAUCUAGUGGCAAGUUUGGCACGGAGCAGGUGUACACGGUGGAGGACUAUGUGGAGCCCACGCCAGAGGCUGUGAAUGAAACUGUCUUGUCCCGUCUGGUUGACAGGAUGGUGGCUAGAGCCUUCACCCUGGAAACCCGGGAGAGUUCCAUUACCCGUUCGGUUACCCUGAAGCUGGAUCGAAGCAAGACCCAUCAGAAGAUGGUGGGUUUCGGUGGCAGUUACACCGGUGCUGUAACCUACCUGGUGGAAAACUUCAAAGAUCCCGAACUCGCCGAUCAUCUCUACAAGUCCUUCUAUUCCGAGGAUGGAAUUGGUUUCAAUCUCAUGCGCAUUUCAAUUGGUGGCUGUGACUUUGAUCUGGGCGCUUGGUCCUACGCCGAGGAGGAGGGCGACACUCAGCUCUCCGACUUGGAUCAGCUGGACGAGCGGGAUGUGGAGCGUGUUGCCCAGAUUAAGCGCCUCGUCGAGGUCUCCGGUGUGAAGAACCUUCUGAUCAAGGGAGCCGCCUGGAGCGCCCCGCCAUGGAUGAAGACAAACAAUAGGUGGACAGGAUUCGGACGCCUUAAGCGGGACUACUACCAGACCUGGGCAGACUAUCACCUUCGCUGGGUGAAGCUGAUGGAGGACAAUGGUCUCCCCAUCUGGGCCAUCUCCACGGGAAACGAGCCCCUUAACGGAAUCUUCUUCAUGUACUUUGUUAAGUUCAUGAGCAUGGGCUGGACUCCACAGACUCAGGCUAUUUGGCUAAAUGACUAUCUGGGUCCCACGAUCCGAAACUCUGAGUUCAAGGACAUCAUUAUUUUCGGCAACGAUGACCAGCGUUACUCAUUCCCCUAUUGGUUCCAGAGGAUGAACAAAACCCGCCCUAACUCGGUUGAUUAUCUGGACGGAUUAUCGCUGCACUGGUAUUGGGAUGAAAUAUUUGGCAGCAGCUUUAUCGAAAAGACCACCGAGUUUGCCCCCGAUAAGAUCUUGAUCGUUUCCGAGUCCUGUAUUGGGGACAAGCCCUGGCAGGCGGCUGCUCCUCUUCUGGGCAGUUGGGAGCGGGCCGAGAAGUACGCUCGGGAUUACUUGGCCAACAUUAAGUUGGGAUUCCAUGCUUGGAUCGACUGGAACAUAGUCUUGGAUGAGAUAGGCGGUCCCAACUAUGUGGAUAACACGGUAGAUGCUCCUGUGAUUGCAAAUACCACAACCUUUGAGGAAUUCUACAAGCAGCCCAUGUUCUAUGCCAUUGGGCACUUUUCGAAACUGGUUCCAGAGGGCUCUAUUCGCAUUGAUGCCAUUCCCAGCAACGUUAACCUGAAUACCGUGGCUUUUCUCCGUCCGGACAACAAAAUAGCCGCAGUUUUGUUCAAUAGCGGACGUGCUGAUCUCGAUAUUGCUGUGGAGGACAGUUUAAGGGGCAAGUUCAUUGUCAACGUUCCCGCCAAAUCCAUUCACACAUUGCUGUAUAACUGAA